AUGAGUUCUACUCUUAGUAAAUCACAGAUGACUUGUGAUGUUUCUUCACCUUUCCCAGCGCCGAAUAAAGCAGAAAUUUUUGACGAACCGGAAACACUUAAGAAAAACGCGAAUGCUCUGCCAAUAUUAUCAAAUGGAGUGUAUGUACUGACAGCUGCUAGUCCUUUUGUUCCAAUUGCCUUUGAUACCCAAAUGGAAUCUACGAAACCGAAAAGAGCACUAGACACUUGCGACAAUAUUGGACCGAAAGAUAGGACUACGAUAGUUCAUAAUGGCGGCCUGCCACCAAGUCUAUAG